AUGGUCAAGGAAGGCAUUGUGCUUGGUCAUAGGAUAUCACAACAAGGAAUUGCGGUGGAUAAGGCCAAGGUUUCCACCAUCGAGCAGCUACCUCCCCCAACAAGAUUUGUCAAGGAUUUUUCAUUGAUUGCACGACCACUUACAAAACUUCUUCAGAAGGAUGCGGCAUUCGAGUUUGGUGAUGAGUGCAUGACUGCUUUUCUUACCCUUAAGAAAAAGCUUGUUGAAGGCCUGAUUAUUGUGUCCCCCGAUUGGAAUUUACCUUUUGAACUCAUUUGUGAUGCUAGCGACUUUGCGAUGAAAGCGGGUUCUUGGGCAACGCUCGGAGAACAUUUCCACCCUAUUUACUAUGCAAGCAAGACAUUGAAUGAUGCUCAUGAGAAUUAUACGACCCCCGAGAAAGAAAUGCUUGCUGUGGUUUUUGCAUUUGACAAGUUUCAUUCAUAUUUAGUGUUAUCAAAGCUGAUCGUGUUCACAGACCAUUAUGCUCUAAAAUAUCUUUUGAGCAAACAGGAUGCAAAACCUUGUUUGAUCCGGUGGGUACUCUUGGUUCAGGAGUUUGACUUGGAGAUUAAGGAUAGGCGGGGGGCUGAAAAUUUGGCCGCCGACCACCUAUCGCACCUUGCAUCCCCCACAAGUGAUGCACGAGUGGUAGUAAAAUUUUUAAAAAAACUAUUCUCCAGAUUUGGUGCACCGAGAACGAUCAUCAGCGAUAGAGGAACCCACUUUUGUAAGUCUCAGUUUGCAAACACCCUGAAGCGAUAUGGAGUAUUCCACAGGGUUGGAACUCCGUAUCAUCCUCAAACUAGUGGGCAAGUUGAAGUCUCUAACCGUGAAUUGAAACGGAUUUUGGAGAAGUCCGUAAGUCAGCAUAGGAAGGAUUGGGCAGAUCAUCUGGAUGAUGCCCUUUGGGCAUAUCGGACAGCGUGUAAGACACCUCUUGGAGCGACCCCUUAUAGGCUAGUCUACAGGAAAGCUUGCCAUUUACCCGUCGAAUUGGAACAUAAAACAUACUGGGCUAUUAAGCAACUGAAUUUUGAUCCUCAGCUAAUCGGUCAUAAGCGGAAGUUCCAACUAAGUGAGUUGGAUGAAUGGCGGACUAUGGCAUAUGAAAACUCCUUGCUUUACAAGAAAAGGAUCAAGGAGUAUCAUGACCGACACAUUAAACAUGGGAAACACUUCAAGGAAGGGGACCAGGUUCUUCUCUUCAAUUUGAGGUUACGACUCUUCCCGAGGAAGUUAAAAUCGAGAUGGCAUGGACCCUUCACAGUUUCAAAAGUCUUUCCCCAUGGCGCCAUCGAGAUAACUCAUCCGGAGAAAGGUACAUUUAAGGUUAACAGUCACCGAUUGAAGCCAUACCUAUCUUGGAGCACUUCUCUUGGUCUUGGAGGUAUGCCGAUCAAGCGAGUUCUAACAAAGCGGCCACGGCACGAUGCGGCAUCAAGUGGUGUGCCAUCCUUUGCCUUACCACAACAUAGGGCAUGCUAUAAUCUCUUACAGUCCAAGCCCUUUGGUAUCAUUCGUACAAUUGACCGCAAUGACCUCGAAGUUCUAGGUUUGGCCGAGACCGUGGCGGAGUUAAUCAAUCAUGAUGGUUGGGACAGAAUUUUCUCAAUUAGUGAUCCGGCCUACGGUGAGCUCACCUUGGAGGUCCUUAGCAUGAUUGAAUUAGCGAGACCAUCCAGGAUAACCUUCCAAGCCUUUGGAAUAAUGCACGCCAUUACUGACGAACAAUUGGGUUGUUUCUUGGGCUUGUAUGAUGAGGGAUUCCCUGAACACACCAAGAUGUCAACGUCUUCCGACUGA